AUGACUUCACAAUCCCGCCGCGAGCGGGCUUUCAGUGAUAGGGCACAGGCGAUAGCCGCAGGAGCUCCGUCACGGCCCGGGAUGGGUGACCGCACCGCUUCCGCUCCCCACGGGGACCUAUACAGAGUAGACAAUGGGCGAAGACCGAGUGUGGGGACUAUGGGUGGUCAAAGACUGGUCGAAGAAGACGAGAGUCUCUCUGGAAUGUCGGCAAGCACCGGUGCCUUGAGACAAUCUCGUUCCCGACACGGUGACGAGCUCUUUGUGACUCUGCAGGAACCGUUCAAGACUGGCUUCCCCGAAGUGACCAUUGCCGUGGUGGGCGAAGACGACGCCGGGAAGACCAGCUUUAUCAAAUGCGCGCUGGAUAUGAAGAGCCCGCCCUCUUCGACUUCGACCAGGAAGAAGAUGUCAUUGGAUGGAGCGGUCUACAUCGUGCGUCUGCUGGAGAUCGAUCUUAAGCAAGUUGCCAUCGACCAGGAUAAACGGAUCAGCUGGCCUUGCGUGGGCAGAGAUGAUUCGGUGCCAACGGUAGAUGGAGUACUACUCCUGUACGACUCGACUCAGCCGAAUAAGCUCUCCGAAGUUACAGCAAUGCUCGAUGCCCUGGAUGUAUCGCCACUUCCAUUCUUGCUGGUUGCCUGCAAAUGCGAUCUUCGCCCGGAGGAUAGCGAACUCAGUGUGUUUCACGAACAAUACGAGAUCUAUCGAACAUCACCCGAGGCCCCGCGGUCUCAGCAGAUGUGUAUUGCAUUGGUGUUGCGAAGCGUCAUUUCUAACCGAGAGUUCUCCUCUUCUACGCUUCCCCCUCCCCCGCGGACCACGACAAAGUCUUUCCAACCUAUCCCUGCCCACGACCGACACCACGUCCGUGCCAAUUCGGAAUCCCCCUCCUUGACCGGAGCCGCUGGCGGCUCAACGACGUCGGGUCAAGAUCGAAGUGUUUAUGGGAACGUGGGUCAUCGUCUGUCUACCGACCAAAGCCCCUCCAACCUGGCGCAACAGCAUGCUUCAAGUUCUUCUCGAAAUGCAAGAAGCAAUUCCCAACCGGUGCGACCGCAAACUCCUCCGUCUGGGGCACGACUGAACGCUCGUCGACCGUCUGUGCAGGGAGAAAGCAACUCCCCAAUCCAGGAACAACCCCGCCAGCAGAGACUGCACAAUACCUGGCGAAAUAGUGGAGGCUCUGACGCCUUUAACAGCUUUUUAAACAUGGACGAAGAAAUCGAGGAGGGACCACCAAUGAGUCCGGGCGCCGUCGUGCGUCCCAAACCGAGCAGUGAAAGUAGUUACAGUGCUGAGACGGGCAUGAGCUUCGACGAGCUUGUCGAUCGCCUCGUCGCUUUGCCCAUGUCGAAGCAAGAUUCGAAAUUCUCCGCCAUAUUUCUCUGUCUAUAUCGCAAAUUCUCCGCCCCCUCAACUCUCCUCAAUGCCUUGAUUAGUCGCUUUGACAAGAAUGAAUCCGGUAACUUCGAUCAAUUGGCCCGCAUGGCAGAUCAGCUACGGCUGCUGAACGUGAUUGCCUCUUGGGCUUCUGAUUAUCCUGGCGACUUCGCAUACCCCAAAACUCGCAAACGAAUCAACGACUUUGUGAACACCCUCGAAAAGAGUCAUUUCUAUAUGUUCGCGGCCAAGGAGAUUGGAUCCUAUCUUGACUCCAACGCUGAAGACGACGAUGUCGGCUGGGCGUUCCAGGAUGGUGAUGUCGACGACGCUAGUCUCACGGAGACUUUCUUUGACAACUCCGGGCGAAGCUCCCCAGCGCCUUUCCUGACCGGAACAUACGAUGAUCAUGACGAAGAGGAAGAAGAUCCGAUUUACAGCAAGAGUGCCUUGGAUCUCAGCGACGGACCCCACGAUUCGACAUCCCGCCUCUCAGGGACGCUGUCUAUCUCCUCUAAUGCUGAUAGACCCUCGAGCAUCACCAACCAAUCUUUUACCAUACUCAGCCUAGAGGCUGCACAAAGAGAGGCCCAGCGUCUUGACCUUUCCGGCAGGACUUCAUUGAGCAAAAUCCAAUGGCGAUUCUUCAUGGAGACGCCCGAAGAGGACUUUGCUCGAGAGCUGACACGUAUUGACUGGAUCACGUACAACUCAUUCCGGCCACGUGAUCUCGUUCGCCAUGUGAGCAUCUCCGGAGUGGACAAGGACAAGAUUCGGAGUCUGCAAAAUGUCAACCGGAUGAUCAAACAGUUUAACCACCUGGCCUUCUUCGUGGCGAGCAUGAUUCUACUGCGAGACAAGCCUAAGCAUCGAGCAAGGUGCAUGGAGAAAUUCAUGGGCAUCGCAGUGAAACUUCGACGCCAGAACAACUACAACGGAUUGGGUGCCGUUAUUGCCGCCAUCAAUGGAACUCCUGUCCACCGAUUGACACAAACUCGGGAGUUGAUCCCCGUGCAGACCCAAAAGGAGUUCAUGCGGCUUGUCAUUCUGAUGAGUACCCAACGAAGUCAUUUCGCUUACCGCCUCGCCUGGGAGAAUUCGUUCUCCGAGCGCAUCCCAUUCCUUCCUCUGCAUCGCCGAGACCUAGUGUCAGCAGAAGAGGGUAACAAGACAUUUGUUGGCGAGAACAAAUCUCGCAUUAACUGGAAGAAGUUUGAGGUCAUGGGUGAAGUGGUUCUUGGGAUUCAGCGGAGCCAGAAAACACCACAUCCUCAAGCCCAGAAAUUCGAAGAUGUAGAACGACUGAUCUUGGACUCCAAGCUCUCCGGUGAUGAAGAGGAUUUGUAUGCCCGCAGUUUACAGGUCGAACCAUCCACCGGCGGCGAAGCCGGACGCAAGAAAUUCGGCUGGCUACGCGCUUAA